AUGCAAUCCGAAUUAGAUUUAUUAAAACAACGUAUCACUGAGCUCGAAGCUGAAAAUAUAGAGCUUAAACAUGAGAAUACAAAAUUAAAGCAAAUUAUAGAGGAAAAUGUUGAGUUUAAAGCCAAAAUCAUUAAGCUAGAACAAGCCAUUGAUAAAAUCGAAAAGCGGGACCAAAGCAUUAGCAGAGCCUUUAGUAUAACUAAAGAUAAUGAUUCUCCAACCAAUUCAUCAUUACCA